CAGCCGAGUGUUUGCGGCGAUCAAGGCAGCGGUAACGCGCGCAACAUAUCGGACAUCCUAUCACAUAAGUAAACAGUCAAUAAAGCGACUUGCUAUCGCGUUGAAAGAAUCUUCCUUCACUUUGUAUGUCCAACCCUUCUUCGUCUAGGCUCACUCGAGACAAUUCGAGAAAAAUGGCUGUCGCUUUCCAAGAGGAUUUCGAAGUCAUUCAAAAUCUGGCCGACGAGACGAUUUUCAAAACGAGCGCAGAAGAGCGCCGCGAGUUAGAAGCGAAAAGCUCCGCCACCGGUACCGACGACCACGACGACGACGAUGACGACAACGAGCUAACUGACAAUGAUCGAGAGUCGAGGAAGCCGCGGCUCAAGUCCCCGCUCGAAUGCGGCUUCGCGCAAACGACAAGCAAGCCGUCGCUGUUCUUCAAAAUGCUCACAGACCAAGAUGUCGAAGAUAGAAAAAGAGUCCGUCAGGAGAAACUCCAUAGGGCCGCUAAGGAAAUCGCGCAGCUCGAGGCUCGGAGAUGCGCCGAAGAAAAGCAUCGCCUCAAAAGACGGGAGCUUGAACAGAAAGAGCGUCGACUGCGGGCUUUAAUAAUGGAUGAGCUCCGUUCUCUCUGGAAAAAAGGCCACGACUUUCAAAUCCCAGAGCAGGUCGAUCCGUACAUCCGAGGCGAAUGCGGAAGCGACCCUGAAGAAAACGACAUUCGCAGACGGCUUUUUCAUGGAUGUUUUUACGAGUUUCGCAACCGCCUACAGUCGAGCAGGGAAAGUCUCAAGCGUGAACGACGAACCACGCUAGAGACCGUUACGUGGACGGCUCAGGAAGUCAAACUGUACUACGAGUGUAUGGCACGACACCGGAUUCCGAUCGUCUUCGGCUCGACCGCCGCGUUCGGAGACGCGCAAUGUAAUCCACGGAGUUUCGCCACGGCUGCUCAUCGACGGAACUUUCCAUGCGGAGCAAGUUCGACGGGAGACUUCAUAGGAACCUAUGGUGCAGGCUACAAACACCCGGCCAGGUGCUAUCCCUCGCCAGGGGCAGGGCACCGUUUUCCUCCGCGUUUCGGAAUGUACGGAUGGUCGGACUCCGCUCACCCUAUAAUUCCGGUGCAACGGACGGGAGCGUUCGAGCAUAAUUCCACGGCCUCAAACAAGCACUCGGUCGCAUGUCCGACCGGCCAUCGUGGUUACGAUCGUGAUGACAACAGUGGGAGCAGCAGCAACAAUGAGCGGCAAGCAGAGAGCGAGAAGCAAGCCAUCCUAGUGAAGAGAUCGCCUGUGGAGACUGAAGCAGCCGCUUCCGAUUUCGUGAACGAGCUCCUCAAAGAAAACUGCGCCUCCGAAAAUUCGUCCAUCAAGUUGGAUAGCAUCGCGGAGAUCGAUCUUUACGACGAUUUAUGA